CACCAGCCUCCUCUGAUGAAGGAGUUUCGUCUGCCGCCUCACCAGCCAUCGAGAUUAUCAUGUCUUCAAGAGCAGCCAAAUAAGACAGUAGGUGCCGAUCUCUUAAGGUUUGUUCCCUCAUCUCCUCUCUCAAUUCUCCACCUGCAUUCCGUGACCUGUCUUGGUUCUUGGUUUCGAUCGGCGUCUCAAGCAGUUGUUUAAGAUGCGCUCCAAUAUUUCCGCUUCCAUUCUUCUCGCAUUCUCAGCCUUGUGGGCAUCAACUUCAUCGCUUCCAUUGGUUGAACAGCGGGCGCAGAAAGCAUCACCACUCGCACCACGAUACUCAGUUGUCCCAAUUAAUGGCGGCUCCGGUACAUCUGGCAGCAAGGGCUCUGGCACCGGCACCGGCACCGGCACCGGCAGUAACGGAGUCUCAGAUGACUCGCCAGUGACCGUGGUGAAGACGGUGGUGUCGACUCUUCCCCAACAGACGACCAUCGAAACAGUCAAAGUUUUUCCGACCGUGACCCAGCAUGUCACCAACACCGUGACUUCCAUCUCCACGGUCAACAUCAACCCCAAUCAAGAGACCAAAACGCAGAUCUCCGUCGUCUAUGUUACCCCAUCCUCCUCAUCAUCCCGAGCACCUACGACGAGCCAGUCCGGAACACUCACCGCCUCCACUUCGCGAAGUACAGUACUGUCGGCGUCCAGUCAGAGUACCACUCCCAUUGAGACAUACUCGGCUCAACCGUCCAUGAUCGAGUCUACUUUGCCGCCCUUCACGACCCCCAUACCGCUCUCGACUGCCUACAGCAGCACCAGGACGUACGACAAUGGCAUGUGGCACACGACAUACCCUUCUUGGAAUGGGACAUUUGCACGCCAUGUUGCUCGCGCAUAAAAGACAUCGCCGAUUGAUUAUUCGACCCUGAUUUUUCGCCAUCGAACUUGGCGCACAGCAAUAUACGAUCAUGAUUACAGGAAUCAUAAUAGACCACACGCGCUUCUGAAAAAUAUAAUUACCACUGAGAUAUAUUGGAGUCUCUGAUUUGAACUGAGUUCGGUCGACAAUGCAGACCAAGGGCUGGAAUGCGUCGUGUCGAUAUGGGUUUACCCGACAUGUACACUAGUCUCUCAUCUAUUUAAUAAAUUGCAGAUCUUGAACCUCCU